UAAAGAAAGAUUGUGAAAAAUUACGAUAGUCGAGAAAGGAAAUAGAAAUGGGAAAGGGUGCGUUUUUUGUAAGCCACAAAUUUCCAAGGAAGAGCUUAAGAUCCGAAGUUGCAGGAGCAAUGCCAUGCAAAAGCUAUGGAGACACUUACAGAAUACUCGCAUUUGCAUGCUUCCUUUUCCUAUCAGAAGAAACGCGGCGUAUUCUUCAACCCAACACAUGCACACCUUUCCAGACAGAUGAUGAGAAGGCCACUCAGAAAUUACAAAUUUAAGAUCUAGAAAUGGGUACUCCAGUGAACAUAAUUGUUGGAUCCCAUGUCUGGGCUGAAGACCCUGCAGUGGCUUGGAUUGAUGGGCAGGUUACCAAAAUCAAUGGCCAAGAAGCUGUGAUCCAAAGGAGUGAUGGGAAGGAGGUUGUUGCCAAGUUAUCGAAACUUUAUCCUAAAGAUACAGAAGCUCCUCCUGCAGGUGUUGAUGACAUGACAAAGCUAUCUUACCUGCAUGAGCCUGGAGUGCUGGCCAAUCUGAGAAAGAGAUAUGAACUCAAUGAAAUUUAUACAUACACUGGAAAUAUUCUGAUUGCUAUAAAUCCUUUCCAAAAAUUGGCUCAUUUGUAUAAUUCACACAUGAUGCAACAAUACAAGGGAGCUCCUCUCGGAGAUCUCAGCCCUCAUGUCUUUGCAAUUGCUGAUGUUGCAUACAGGGCCAUGAUAAAUGAAGGGAAGAGCAACUCUAUUCUGGUUAGUGGUGAAAGUGGAGCGGGUAAAACUGAGACCACAAAAAUGCUUAUGAGGUAUCUAGCCUAUUUAGGAGGCCGCGCAGUUACAGAAGGACGCACUGUUGAACAACAAGUCCUUGAAUCGAACCCUGUUCUUGAAGCAUUUGGCAAUGCUAAAACUGUUAGAAAUAACAAUUCCAGCCGAUUUGGUAAAUUUGUGGAGAUUCAGUUUGACAAGCAUGGGAGAAUAUCUGGAGCAGCUAUCAGAACCUACCUUCUUGAAAGAUCUCGAGUUUGCCAAGUUUCUGAUCCUGAGCGCAACUAUCAUUGCUUUUACCUCUUAUGUGCAGCACCAAAAGAGGAAAUUGACAAGUACAAGUUAGAUAAUCCUAAAUCAUAUCACUAUCUUAACCAAUCAAAAUGCUAUGAGCUGGUUGGUGUAAGUGAUGCCAGUGAGUAUCUUGAGACUAGACGAGCAAUGGAUAUUGUUGGAAUAAGUAAAUUGGAGCAGGAAGCAAUAUUCAGGGUAGUUGCUGCCAUUCUUCACAUCGGUAAUAUUGAAUUUGGAAAGGGAAAAGAAGUCGACUCAUCAAUCCCUAAAGAUGACAAAGCCAAGUUUCACCUGAAAACAACUGCUGAACUUCUAAUGUGUGACCCUCUUGCAUUGGAAGAUGCACUUUGUAAACGUGUGAUGAUCACUCCUGAAGAAGUUAUCAAGAGAAGCCUUGAUCCUCUUAGUGCUACAUUUAGCAGGGAUGGAUUAGCUAAGACGUUAUAUUCUAGACUGUUUGACUGGCUGGUGAAUAAGAUCAAUAACUCAAUUGGGCAAGAUAAAAACUCAAAAUAUCUGAUUGGGGUCCUUGACAUUUAUGGUUUCGAGAGCUUCAAACACAACAGUUUUGAACAGUUCUGCAUCAACUUUACAAAUGAGAAGCUGCAGCAACAUUUUAAUCAGCAUGUCUUUAAAAUGGAACAAGAAGAAUACACGAAGGAGGAGAUUGAUUGGAGCUACAUUGAGUUUGUCGACAACCAAGAUGUGUUAGAUCUAAUUGAAAAGAAACCUGGUGGCAUUAUUGCUCUCCUCGAUGAAGCUUGUAUGUUCCCAAAAUCAACUCAUGAGACAUUCUGUAAUAAGCUCUAUCAGACUUUUAAAGUUCAUAAGCGCUUCAUCAAGCCAAAAUUAUCACGUACCGAUUUUACUGUUGGGCAUUAUGCUGGGGAGGUUCAAUACCAGUCUGACCAUUUCUUGGACAAAAAUAAGGACUAUGUUGUACCUGAACAUCAAGAUCUUUUAGGUGCUUCCAAAUGUCCUUUUGUAGCAGGGCUUUUCCCUCCAAUAGCUGAAGAGAGCUCAAAAUCUGCGAAGUUUUCUUCUAUUGGUUCCCGUUUUAAGUUGCAACUACAACAAUUGAUGGAGACUCUAAGUGCUACUGAACCUCACUACGUUAGAUGUGUAAAGCCAAAUAAUCUUCUUAAACCAGCUAUAUUUGAGAAUCAGAACAUUCUGCAGCAGCUACGUUGCGGUGGUGUUUUAGAAGCAAUCAGGAUAAGUUGUGCUGGAUAUCCGACACGCCGUCCUUUUUUUGAAUUCUUGAACAGAUUCGGGCUUCUUGCAACUGAAGCUUUGCAAGGCAGUUAUGACGAAAAAUUGGCAUGCAAGAAGAUUUUGGAAAAGAAAGGGAUAAAAGGUUUCCAGGUAGGAAAAACAAAGGUCUUCCUAAGAGCAGGUCAAAUGGCUGAGCUGGAUGCUCGUCGAACAGAAGUUCUUAGUUCUGCAGCAAAAAUUAUACAACAGCGUAGACGGACACAUAUUGCUCGUAAACGAUUCAUAGCUAUGAGAGAGGCUUCCAUACAGCUGCAAUCAUUUUGCAGAGGCAGAUUAGCAUGCCACCGUUUCGGGAGCAUGAAAACAGAAGCAGCUGCAUUGAAAGUUCAACGGAACACACUCAAAUUCCUAGCUAGAAAAGCUUAUAACACACUCCAGAGAUCUGUUCUUGUUAUACAAACAGGUUUACGUAGCAUGGACGCACAUAAAAAAUUUAGAUAUAUGAAGCGAACUAAAGCCGCGACUAUUAUUCAGACUCAAUGCCGGAGGCAUAGAGCUUCAUCUUACUAUAAAAAGCUAAAGACGGGAGCCAUAGUUGCACAAUGUCAAUGGAGAGGAAGAGUAGCCAAAAGAGAACUGCGGAAGCUUAAAAUGGCUGCAAGGGAUACAGGUGCACUCAAAGAGGCUAAAGAUAAACUAGAAAAACAGUUAGAGGACCUCACGUGGCGUUUACAGCUUGAAAAACGAUUGAAGGUUGACUUGGAAGAGGCAAAAAAUCAAGAGAUAGCAAAGUUGCAGAGUUCUAUGGAAGAAAUGCAGAAGAAAGUUGAUGAAGCGAAUGCUCUAGUUAUCAAGGAACGGGAAGCUUCCAAAAAGGCAAUUGAAGAAGCACCUCCUGUUAUCAAGGAAACCCCAGUUUAUGUUGAAGAUACUGAGAAAAUUGAAUCUUUAAAGGGUGAACUUGACAACAUAAAGGUUUCUUUGCAACAUGAACAGGAAAGUUCUGAAGAAUUGCGAAAGAACUAUGCUUUGGAAAAGGAAUCUAGUGAGGAGAGGCGUGCAAAAUUAGAGGAGGCAGAAAAGAAAAUUCAACAAUUACAGGAAUCAUUGAAAGGGGUGGAAGAGAAGCUGAAUAAUGUGGAGUCAGAAAAUAAAGUUCUUCGUCAACAGGCUGUGACUAUGGCGCCAAAUAAAUUUCUCUCUGGACGCACUAGAUCAAUCAUGCAGAGGACUGAUAGUAGCCAUGGGUUUGGGGAUAUCAAGCUCCAUGUGGAGGCACACAGCCCCCGUAGCCCAACAUCUUUUGAAGCUGAUGACAGACCUCAGAAAUCACUUAAUGAGAAGCAACAGGAAAAUCAGGAGCUGCUCAUUCGCUGUAUAUCCCAGCCCUUGGGCUUUUCUGGAAACAGGCCGAUAGCAGCAUGUAUCAUCUACAAGUGUCUUCUACAGUGGAGGUCAUUUGAAGUUGAGCGGACAAGUGUGUUUGACCGUAUCAUCCAGACAAUAGGUCAUGCUAUUGAGAAAAUCCAGGAAAACAAUGAUAUGUUGUCCUAUUGGUUAUCAAAUGCUUCUACCCUACUAUUUCUCCUCCAGCGUACACUGAAAGCAAGUGGUGCAGCUGGAAUGGCUCCUCUACGUCGUCGGUCAUCCACAGCUACUUUAUUUGGCAGGAUGUCAACGUCAAAUAGCUUCCGAGGAACUCCGCCAGGAGUAAAUCUUCCUGGCCUACCUGGUGGAGUAGAUACCUUACGCCAGGUGGAAGCCAAAUAUCCUGCUUUGUUGUUCAAGCAGCAACUUACAGCAUAUGUUGAGAAAAUCUAUGGAAUGAUACGAGAUAAUCUAAAGAAGGAGAUAUCUCCAUUGCUUGGUUUAUGUAUUCAGGCACCAAGAACUUCUAGAGCGAGCAUAGUUAAGGGGUCAUCUCGUUCAGUUCCAAACACAGCAGCCCAGCAAGCUUUGAUUGCUCACUGGCAGGGAAUAGUGAGCAGCCUCGGGAACUUUUUGAACACUUUGAAAGAGAAUCAUGUACCACCUAUGUUAGUCCGCAAGGUGUUCACACAGAUAUUUUCUUUUAUCAAUGUUCAACUAUUCAACAGUCUUCUAUUAAGACGAGAAUGUUGCUCAUUUAGCAAUGGGGAAUAUGUUAAAGCUGGACUUGCUGAAUUAGAGCAGUGGUGUAGCACGGCAACUGAAAAGUAUGCAGGUGUAGCUUGGGAUGAGCUCAAACAUAUUAGACAGGCCAUUGGAUUUCUGGUUGUACACCUAAAACCGAAGAAAACAUUGGAUGAGAUAAGUCAUGAACUUUGCCCAGUGCUGAGCAUUCAACAAUUGUACCGGAUCAGUACGAUGUAUUGGGAUGACAAGUAUGGCACACAUAGCGUGUCUUCAGAAGUUAUAUCCAAUAUGAGAGUGUUGAUGACGGAAGAUUCAAAUAAUGCAGUAAGCAGUUCGUUUUUGUUGGAUGACGAUUCCAGCAUACCUUUCUCCGUGGAUGAAAUAUCAAAGUCAAUGGAUGAGAUAGACAUCGCUGACAUUGAUCCUCCUCCUCUAAUGGGUGAGAACUCCGGAUUCGGCUUUCUGCUACCACGCAUUCGUGAGUAGGAUGCUAAACAAUAUAAAUUCUUUGUUUAAAGAUGUCUGAAUUCCAAUUAUAAUUGUAAUUUAGUGUUGGAGUAAGUCUGGCUUAUGACAAGUACGAUACAUCCCCCUCCCCUAGUAAGAGUUAGUCCAGGGAAAAGCUGUAUAACUGUUGAGGUUAUAGGUGAUCAUGUUAUAUUUUGUUUUUUUAGUACGUCCCACUAUAUGUUUUGUAAUACACCAUCCACGGAUUUUAUUCGGUUUAACUUAAUUUAAUCCGUUAUAUUUUCUCCA